AUGAACGGCUCACGUCCCAGUAGCGGUGCGAGUGGCCCCUUCGGCUUCGGCUUCAUGGGUGUCAAGUGGCCAAGGAUCUUCUUCCUCAUCGCUCUCGUCCAGGCCAUAAUCUGCCUGGCCUUCGAGUGCUACGUCUUCUGGAAAUUCCAGACAAGUUUGACCGAUCAGGAUACCCAAGAAGCGACAGACGCCAAUACAGACUCGCCAAGGCGGAUAAUCCCGACAUUCCUGACGCUUUUCAUCUUCGGCUUCCUGUACGAACUGGUUGUUGUCUGGGACGCGUUGCGAGCGAAGAACACCAUUCAAGUUAUUGGCGUGUGCAUUGCCAACCUCGCACUGAUGGUCUACACUGCCAUCCAGGUCGACCAAAUCGAAGAGGCGCUGGGUCAACUGAAGGACAACGGCUCUCUCAAGAACCCGCAAGACAACAUGUGGGCCGACGUAAAACCGUAUUUGGUCGCCAUCCCCUGCAUCCUCGGCUUUUGUACCAUUGCCAUGGCCUUCACUGCCUGGAAGCUCUACCAAGUCUUUGCUUGGGACAUUCUUAAGACCAUAGGAGCCGACUACAGGAUGAAGAAGCGUUUCCUGCACUACCAGAUUUAUAUCGCACUUCUGAAGUUCGACUUCUUCUUUUUCCUCGGCUUCACUGUUCAGUUUUUGGUUAUUGUUACGCUCAAAACCGAUACCGAAUUCGGUCUGACCAUCGCCGCCGUCCCCAUUACUAUUGCCAUUUUGCUUUUGGCUGCCUGGUUCACCAGGAUCGAAAAUAAGAUCGGCAUGUCCAUCGUUAUUGUCUGUUACCUCGGCGGCCUUACCUACUUCCUCUACAAGCUCGUCCGGAUUUACCAGCCACACACGGAACAACAGUACAGGGCGGUGCGUAGAUCGCUCACUGCCUUUGCUGUCAUCACCAUUAUCCUCAUUAUUUGCACCAUCGCCAACUGCAUCAUCUGCAUGCGUAACUUUGGUGCCGGCCUGAAGAACCACCUUCGAAAGCCGUCUCGGGACGUUGAAAAGAACCCGGACCUCAAUUCCAUCAAUCUGCAAGAUGUCAAACCACAGAUUGCGAGCAGAAUGACGAUCGAUUAA